AUGAGUGACUCCGAGUCGAUUGUGUUCCACGAGCAGAGUGAGACAGAGUCCGCGCGCGGCAGCGCCCUCCCAAAGGCCGCCGCUCACCUCCACACGGCAACAGCAACGCCUGCAGCAUUUGAUAGACCGCCGCUCCACCACGCAGCUCGACGGACCUCCGUGACGAAGCCAUCAUCGUCGCAGGUGCCUGGUCGCCAGCAUGCGUCAUACGGCGGCGACGCGGACCACGACGACGCCGGCAGUGAUCACAGCGAGAGUAUCCAAUUUCACACGGAGGGUGCGUCGCGAAACAUGUCGAUCUGUAGUCUUCCCCGACUUCCAAACUUUAAUAAUUCACACACAGCUGCACAACCGGGUGCGCACGGGCGCGUCUCCCGCACGUCGAGCCGUGGUCAUCUGGACGCCCGCAAGUCUGAGGUGGGCGAUGAGUCCAUUCAGUUCAACUUUGAGGCGUCCAACAACUCCUUGUAUCCAAAACAGAUCCUGCAAUCAGAUGUCUCUCACAACGAGAGCAUCACCUUCCAGGUGAUGGAGGAAUCAUCCGCCGACGAUGCUGCUGCCCACAAGGCUGCUGCCGCUUCCGGGGAUGCUGGCCAGUCGUUGUCUCCUGGCGCCAAGAGCAGUGCUUCUACCAUUGUGUUUGAGACUGAAGGUGACACGGAAGACCAAAACACAAAGCCAGCACCUCGCAUAGAAGCGAAGGAGACGAGUGAGCAGCCCCUGUCAAAGAAGACCGUCGUGUCGAACAGGUUGAGCCGUACGAGCUCGAAUUUAUCACGCAGUGGGGUUGGUGCAGCAUCUGUGCGAGUUGACAGCAGCAAGAAGAACCAGAGCGCUCCCACCAGCGGUACUCCUGAAGUGUUGUUGGCAUCAGCAAAUGACACAGGCAAUAUUCCCUCCACGUCUCAAAGGGGAAGAACAACUGCAGCUAAAACGAAAUCGGAUUCGGCCAAGCCUCCCAGAAAUAAAGCGGUACCACAGCCUGUGGUCGAACAGGUCAGUGGAGAUGACUCGAUUGUUGAAUUGGGAACCACCACGGCGCUUCCAAAGAGUUCUGGCAGUGGUGGCACAUCUGAUGAGCGGUGCGUGGCGACGAUGGCACCGUCCGAGGACUCGCCUCUCACCCCUGAGAAGGUGGUGCCUUUGCCGUACCCACACACCGCCGACGUGGUGCCACCGCCGUCUAGUACUAUGACACUGAGUGAAGGUAUUCUUCAAGCAAGGCUGUACACAGAGCAUUGGCGUCUGUUCAACGACAUUCAACGGGAGGAGAUUGCGCGCCUUAUCCAGCGCAUCAUGGAGGCACGCAGGGCGGACUCUCUCCCGGUUUCGUUCGACACUGCAAGCAGGCAGAGGACGGAUGCUGCUGAUGCCGUCAGUGACUUCGCUGGCAUGCGUCGUCCACGAGGCCGCCGCCAGAUAGAGAGAGAUGUUUCGGCGCGGCCCGCGUCCCCGUUCAGCACUGCCGCCUACUCACGAAAGCGGCAGAUGAGCAUCGAGAAGCAGCAGCAGCGGCAUCAGCCCCUGCAGCGCAGUCCGCCAGUCUCUGGGCGCGCGCGAGUAGCGCAUGGCAGUGGCGCUGACUCGCCGCGCAGCCCCUCGAGCGCGAGAAGGCGGUCACCGUCUCGCCUGUGUUCGCUGCGGGAAUCACCGCCAGCUGAGCGAAGUGGUCGAUUUGUGCGCACCCUCGACGGCCCCACGUGUGUUGCUGCGGCGAAACUUGCCGCAUCACUUGGCGUUGCUUGGCCACCGCAUGAGAAGGACGCUCUCUUCUUCUUGACGGGUGCACGCUUGACUCCAGAGCAACGGGAUGAGUUUUACGAGGCGAUGGCGCUCCAUACAGCAGCUGCGGCGAAGCUUCAGAAAGAUAUGCAGAGCGCGUGCAGCGCGUUAAGUGGAAAGAGACGUCCUGCCGUACGGAAAAAGCCGUUGACGACGCGGACAUCUAUCUUGCGAAAAGCGUUUUCCCUGUUGGAUGUGGACCAGCAAGGGAUCAUUCACGCUGUUGAUCUUCCCGCCAUGCGGCGCCUGCUCGAGGCGGAGCGACAGCGCCUCGCGGAACUGGUGAGCGGUGCUGCGCCGUCGAUGGUGACAGUUCUUUCACGUGCGCGGGGGGAGCAGCGGAAGCUCAAAGGCGCAAUUGAUGUGAAGCGAGCCCCAGUGAAGUCGGAGCGAACUCCCACACCUGCUGCGGCUGCAGCUGCAGAGGUGUUGCUGUAUGCAUUUGUACUAGACGUCAUUAUUCCCCUCCUUAGCUCCUCGGGUCUAGUGAUGUUCGACUUUACGACGGUCGGCCUUCUUGUGUUUGGCUCCAUUGGCAGCGCCGAGAAGGGCGCAAAUGCGAGUCUCGCCACGUGGCGUCAAGCAGCGCUGCAAUACUUUGAGAAGCUUGCAUAG